AUGCCCGUCGCUUGGUCUCUCAAUUCCAAUCCAUUCGACUCACUUCCCGCGGAGGUUAUGGAGUUCAUAUUCCACUCGGUUGUGUCCGAAUACGACCGUCAUUCGUGUGAAUUCUACAUUCAGGGACCUCGCAAGCGUCAACUGAUGCGAAUGUCCCUCGCAUGCAAAUUAUUUGCUGGAAUAUCUUUGCGGCAGUUAUGGGAAACUAUUUUUGAUGGAGAUUUCAAGCUGGAAAUCUUUAAGAGUCUGCUAAAAUCCUUGCCUCUCGACGCUAGACGGGAGUUGGGUAUUCACGAACUGCUUCCCGAAAACUCGUAUGCCCCGUAUAGCGAGUUUGUAAGGUCUGUCUCAUUAGAGAAGUUGUUUUAUUAUAUCGAUGAGUGGCUCGAACAAGUCCCUCAAAGCUCUCCCAUCACGAAUACACCCGAUAUGCAAAGGAAAAUUGUUCAUGCAAUAUUUAAACAAUUCAUGACUAAUGGAAGACCACUUGAGAAGCUUCGUUCGGUGGGCUUCCAUGAAAAUCUGAAUUACCGGGUUAUCCUAGACGAGUUCUUUUCGAGUUGGAUUAAAGAUAUACAUAUCUUGGUUAUCAGAGGGUCGUAUGAUAUUACUCCUCUAGUGAGUAGAUUGGCAGAAAGAUGUACAACUAUUACUCCCUUUGCUAGAAACAUGAGAUCAGCCCUGAAAUUGAUACAAGCCCAAACCAAACUCCAAUCUCUCAUCUGGAAUGGUAUCCACGGAAAGCAAAGAAUUGACGGGAGUUUUGUUUUCGAAGAUAUUAUCGAAAAUGUAGAAGAGAAUAGUGACAUUCUCGGAAACGACCCUACCGAAAUACUUUCUGCCCUACCUGCUCACGCUCAUACCCUUACCUAUCUUCGGAUCGCAAAUAUGGAUUUUAAAAAGGUACAAUCGUUGGAAGAUUUAGCAGCUUGUCGUAACUUGGAAACUAUUGCUUUUAUACACUGUACAAAUAUUAAUAACGAGGCGAUUCAACCAAUGAUGGAUCAAAUAUUUACCAAGUUAAGAAUGGUUGAAUUGUCCUAUUGUACAAAUUUCAAUGCAAUGGAGGAAUUCGCGCGGAUGCGUGGAGUUCUUCGCAAAAAAUGGAAUAGAGAUAUAAUGGCCCUGUGGACGUAG